UUUGGAUGAGUCUUGGAUGUAAUUAGAUGUGUUUGGAUGUGUCUGGAGGCAUUUAGAUGUAUUUAGAAGUAUUUAGAUGUUUUUGGAUGUGUUUGGAUGAGUCUUGGAUGUAAUUAGAUGUGUUUGGAUGAGUCUGGAUGAGUCCUGCAUCCCGUGGUUUGCCUAAAUGCUCAGCAGCCUUUAGUCUCUUUGGGUUUUCUCCAUCAGAACCGGAACUGCUUGCCUCCUUGCUGUUGACAGCUCUUCGAGGACCUCUUGUAUCCUCACGUUGUCUCUGACCCGAGUGCGUUAUGUAUCGGGCUGUCAUAAGGCGACCGUAACGCGCUCAGGUCAAUCAUUCACAGAGGCUGAGUAUGAGGGCGUCACACCGAUCAUUUAAAAGAGGAACCACCUCUCAGCAGCGCGCGCGUAAUAGAGAAGGAGAGAGGGAGAGAGAGAGGGGAGGGGGAGUCCUUCCUCGCCAACUGCGCGUCAUUUUUAGCUCCAGAGCGGGUUGGAUGUCAAGACUCGCGUUCAGAGCGCAGCGGAGCGCGCCCGGUGUCUCCCGCGGUGUUUACCCGUCAACUGGCUGUCGGUCGCGGGGGGGGAAAGCUCCUCCGGCCCCGGGGGAAGCCGGUGGACGUGCGCGCGGAGGAGAUGGUGCCGACGGCAGGAUGGACCGGAACAACGUCGCGCCCGGUUCCGUGUGCCGCUGCUGGCUGCUCCUGGCCCUGUGCGCGUGGGCAGAGGUCACUGAAGGUGGACACUUGGAUACUGCGCAGAGUGCAGUUCACCUCCCGUGUUCGGAAGGAUUCACAGAGCUGGGCUACUACAACGGCUCCGUUUCCCAUACGGACUCCGGCUCCGCCUGCCUGAAGUGGACAGACUUCCCGGACUACGUGCGGCAGUACCCGAGCCGAGGCCUGGGGGACCACCGCUUCUGCCGAAACCCGGACCGAGAGGCCAACCCCUGGUGCUUCAUCAGGCAGAGCUCCGGUGCCUUCGGCUGGGCCUACUGCGACUGCCAUCAGGGUGCAGCCAGAUUGGCAGGGGGGUCAUCGGAGAAAAGUGGGCGCCUGGAGGUUUAUCUGAAUGGCCAGUGGGGGGCAGUGUGUGACACACACUGGACCGACCGGGACGCCAGCGUCAUAUGCAGACAGCUCGGUCUGGGUGAGAUCGGGACGGCCCUGCAGCAUUCGUACUUCGGCCCGGGUUCUGUCUUCCACUACGAGCGUCUGGGAUGCCGAGGGAAUGAGAAUUCCCUCCUGGAGUGCCGGAGCAGAAAGUUUGUCACCGGCGACUGUAACCACGGCAACGAGGCCGGGGUGGUUUGUGCCGAACCUGAAGGCACCGGCAUCCCUCUGAGGCUGGUGGGAGGCCUGGAGGACUUUGAGGGCCGUGUCGAGGUGUACCGCGAUGGCAAGUGGGGAACCGUCUGCGACGAUCGGUGGGACGACGUCGAUGCCGAGGUGGUGUGCCGACAGCUGGGCCUGGGGGGCGUGGCCAAGGCAUGGACCUGGGCCCACUUCGGCCAGGGUGUUGGUCCCAUCCUCCUGGAUGGGGUUCAGUGUUCAGGCAAUGAACUCUCUCUGGAGGAGUGUCCUCAUAACAUCUGGAACCAACACAACUGUGACCACAUAGAGGACGCCGGGGUGUCUUGCAACCCUUACACAGACGGUGAAGUUCGCCUGAUGGGAGCAGACAGCCACUGGGAGGGUCGUGUGGAGGUCUACCACCAGGGAGAAUGGGGCACGGUGUGUGACGACAACUGGACCGAGUUCAACGCACAGGUGGUGUGUCGCCAGCUGGGCUUCAGGGGUCGGGCGAAGGUGGCUCCUAACGGUGCGCACCAAGAAGGCCGCGGGCGGAUCCUCCUGGACGAGGUGCGGUGUCGGGGAACCGAGGCCAGCCUCCUGGCCUGCAGCCACUCCGAGUUGGGAAAACACGACUGCUCCCACAACGAGGACGUCGGCGUCCUCUGCGAGACGGGAGGCGAUACCAACGAGAUACGGGGCCUUUUGACCCCGAUCGGCCUUCUGGUGCGGUUGGUUGCCGGGGAGAACAGGAAGGAGGGCAGAGUCGAGAUCUUCAUCGGCGGCCAGUGGGGCAGCGUGUGCGACGACGACUGGAAUGAUGUCAACGCAGCUGUGGUCUGCAGACAGCUGGGAUUCACCGGCGUGGCUAAAGCUCGAUCGAUGGCGUACUUCGGCGAGGGUCAAGGUCCCAUCCUCUUGGACAACGUCCGGUGCUCGGGCGCCGAGACGUCCCUCGGCCAGUGUCCGGCCGUGGGUCAAGACGGCCAGGACUGUCGCCACAGCGAGGACGCCGGCGUGAUCUGCGACUACACUCUGGAUGCCGUGGGCGACGCCGCCGCGGCGAUGCAGACCUGCGGCACGAAACUCAAUAACCAGCGCCGCCGCCGCCGCCGCAUCGUGGGAGGAGACAAGUCCCUGAGGGGUGAGUGGCCCUGGCAGGUGUCUCUGUGGCUCAGGUCUCAGUCUAAAGGAAGCCAUCCUCUGUGUGGAGCCUCACUCAUCAACCCUUGCUGGGUUGUGACCGCCGCCCACUGCUUUAAGAGAUUCGGCAAAGACCCGAGCCGCUACGUGUUGCGCCUGGGCGACUACCACACCGAGGAGCAGGACGACUUUGAACGCACCGUGUCGCCCGAACGCAUCGUCGUCCACAGCAAGUACCACAGUCAGGGCUGGGACCACGACAUCGCCCUGCUGCGGCUCAAGGGCACGGAGGGCAACUGCGUGGCGUUCAACCCUCACACUGGCGCCGUGUGUCUGCCGGUGCUGGGCAACAAGUGGGCGAAGAGGCCGGCGGCCUGUGUGAUCACCGGCUGGGGCAUCACAGAAUCGGAGUACUCCCGCACGCUGCUCCAGGCCUGGGUCCCCCUGCUGCCCUCCUGGAAGUGUAAGCGGCGCUACCACGAGCGCUUCACCGGCCGCAUGCUGUGUGCCGGCAGCCUGUCGGAGCGCCACCGCGUGGACAGCUGCCAGGGCGACAGCGGGGGGCCGCUGGUGUGCCAGGGGGAAGGGGGCCGCUGGGUGCUGACGGGAGUCAUCUCCUGGGGUCACGGCUGCGGUAACCCCGCGUUCCCGGGCGUGUACACGCGCGUCAGCAGGUUCCUGCGAUGGAUCGACAAGGUCGUCAACAAACCCUACAAGGCCUGAACGUGGAGAGCGACGCCGCUCGGGGGAAUGUUCGAACACUUCUCUUUCUUCCUGAGCCGCGGGAUCGACGCAGCAGAAACACACGGUGACCGACACGGGCAGGUAGCAUCGCCGUGUGUCUCGUUGUUGUGGUGCAAUUUAUAUAUUAAUUUAUUUAAAUUAUUCGGCGUGAAACCAAGGCGCAACAACAAUGCUUUGUUUAUUGCAUGACUGAGGCGUCUUCCCACAGUGUGUGUCACGGAAAUAUGCUCCACUAUGCUUCAAUUAGCUCGUUUUGCAUAGAAUGAUUCCGAGUGCACGAAAUUAAAAAAAGGACAAAUACGGAUUAAUUUCAAUUUUAAGAAAACUACACAUAUUAUAUUUACACAUUUGUCAAAGACCAGCCUAGUCUCCGAAAAAAAUAUGUUCCCAAUCAACUGGAUGGAGGCCGUCAAGCUAAAAAGGGGGGGGGCCAGGGCUCCGGGACCAGCAGAUUGUACAUGGGGGGGCAGGAGUGCCACAGCUGGUUGCCAAAGCACACUGGAUCGUCAAUUAGAUUUCGGGAGAAAUUUUUUUUUUCUUCUUCUCUGUUUGUUUCUGACGUAUCACAAACGAGUUGAAUCCAAAGUCGGGGUACGUUCACACAGAGAGGAGGCGGGGUCGAAUACAGUCGACUCAUAUUCAUAUCCUGAGUGAAACCAAAAGCAAGAAACACAUUUUUAAACCCAACUCCAUAGAUCUUUUACCAAACUUACCGAAGCACUUCAAUUGCCGAAACUUAAACGUAACUGAGAAAUAGCAAAAGCACCACGAGUGGUUCGAACGCCGUGACGUAGAUACGCACCGAGGUAGAAUUGUGUGGAUACGUGACAUUGAUCGUAAACACACGAUAGUCGAAAUAUUAUAUAUAAAUAAACUUAUUUUUGGGCUGAGAACCAUUAAGAGCCUCUCUUGCGUAACAGAGCUGCCUGCAUUUCGUAUCGAAGCGGCGAAACGCCGAGUGUGAAACGUGCGUUUCCAAUUGUAGAAGAACACGCUGUAAUACCACGGCUGACCACUAGUCUGAGGUUAACUCAGGGUCAUAGUUAAUUCACGAAGCUCUUCAGCCCAUCGGUUCCCUUUUCCACAUCAUUUCACAAUGUGUGUGCCACUGGAGGAUUCUCAGGGUGCAGAUUUGACUUUUACCCAAACAUGUCCCUGUGGGUCCAGAGUUUUGGACCUGAUCCAAAGCGGACCAGUGGAAAAAAUAAAGACUCAUUGAUUUAUUGAUGGGUCCUAUUCCAGAUAGAGCAAAGAUCCAAAACAGGAUUGAUGGAAAAGAGAAAGACAUACGGACCCGCAGGCCCCAAUGUGGGCCUGGGUCCUGUAGGAACCAGGUUUGCCCAUGGGUCCACAUGGCUCAGUAGAGUUCUGCUCAAGUCGAGUGACAUUGCACUAAAACGCCUUCCCGCCAAACAGGGUCACCUAUAAAUUAGAAACUCAUUAAGAUCAAUUCAGUUUAUUUUGUAUAGCCCAGAAUCACACAUUACAAAUGACCCCCAGAAGGCUUCGCAGUCUGUACACUACACGACAUCCUCUGACCUUUGACCUCACAUCGGAUCAGGAACAACUCCCCAAGAAACUCGGGAAAAAAAACAUCUCACGGGGGAGAAAAAGGGGAGGAGCAACAGCCUCAUGGAGGUGAAAGAAAUGACAAAUGAUAAAAAAGCACUGAAUAUGUAGAUGUAGACAUUUCAUUUGGUGUAUUCAUUUAUUACGUGUGCAUCUCUGAACUGAAACCAAAGGUCAAAUCAUUAUUCACAGUAUUAUAACUGUUAAUUACAUCGGCAUGUACUGGUUUGUAAUUACAGGUGUGUAAUUAGGUGUAAUAAUAAGUAUAUUAACAGUCUGUCCACACAUGAAUUGGAGAGCCUUAUAACCAAUCAGAUGUUUACGUUGCCGCGAGUAUGUGCGGGGAUAUGGAAAUGUGUAUAUAUUAGCAACUGAUACGGUAAGAGCCUCCCGAGGCCUUGGAGAGGGCCACUGAGUCAUAAAUAGAUUUAAAUCAGAUGAUAUUUCGAUUAUGUGGGGGAUAAACUUAAAUUAAUUAGUAUUUAUCUUUGGAAUACUUUGUUCUACUUGUUUCUGUGCUCUGCUCUACAUCAGCCAACGCAAUUUCCAUCUCUCAGUUAAUUUAUUUGACUUAAUUAAGUUGUAUUUAUUAAAGGAGUGUUCCUAUCUGGUCAAAUAUCACUCUGAGCAAACCAGCAUUCAACCAUCCGCCACUUCUCAAAGACUAGCUGGCUAGUCUCUAUCACGAGUGAAGCCUUUUGUUCAUUUUGGCAAAACACAUGUCUCAAAACAAAGGAUUAUAUUCUACUAAAUCACCUCACAAAUGAUCUUAUGCUGUAAGAUAAAUGCUUGUUUAAAAAAAGCUGUACGAAAUACCGUUUUCAUUUAUCAUGACACAUUAUACGGUUUACUCCCUCACACGUGAAGUCCCUCUUCAUGACAGUCGGCAGUUCAAUCUGUAUUUCAUGCCUUCUGCACACACAACAAAUACAGAGCCGGACAAAUAUAUCAUCAACUGAUAAUAAAACUAAAAGUCUCUUCACACAAAAAUCCCCCCGAAAAACGCACUCAAAAUACUAAAUAUCUUCCAUCUUUUGCAAAAGCAAACACUUAAAUACAUCAACUUUUCUAAAAGUGGUAUUUUUGCAUCACAAAAUCCCCAAAUAAAUACAAUAUUAACUAGAACGGGCACUCGGUAGAGCGCAUACCUUCGCAUAUCACAAGAUUGGGCAUUGAAUUAUGAACAUGUUGGCAUUAGUUGCCUGCCAAUUGGAUAGAAAUUGACCGCGCUAUGGUAAAGAAGAUUUUGACCUUUCCAUGACCUUGACCUUUGACCCGAUCGAUCCCAAAAUCUAAUCAAAUGGUCCCCGGAUAAUAACCAAUCAUCCCACCAAAUUUCAUGCGAUUCGGUUUAAUGCUUUUUUAGUUAUGCGAGUAACACGCAUACAAAUAAAUAAAUAAAUACACGGCGAUCAAAACAUAACCUUCCGCAUAUUCAAUGCGAAGGUAAUAAAUAGCUCUCUCCACUUGCCAACUCAGUCUUUGUCGCGUGCUGUAAAUAUAGAUUAUGAACACAGAUGCAAUGUGUUUAUUGUGUGUUGAUCGACUGUUUGCAUGUUCAAGUGUCCUUGAGGGAGAACUCCCUAGAUACCUGGAUCCUCUACAGCAUUCCACUGCUCCUCAUAUGUGCCUGUGUACGACGUUAUAAAUAAAGUUUACUUUGCCUUU